AGCAGAGAAAUAGCGUUGAGGACGGCCACGGGAUUUUAAUAAGAAACAAAUUAAGAAGCCCGCUCGCAGCCGUGCAAAAGAGUUAAAACCCUUGCGUUAAAUGUGAUCCCGUAACAGCGUCGAUCGGUGUGUGUGGUUCGCGGUUUUCUGCCGCCCCCGAUUGUGUUGUUUUUGUGCCGGCCGCACUCGAAACCGAGCUGAAAGCCCAAAAAAAUUGCUACCUUGCAACUGGGACGAGAGUCGACGGGUCGCGACCAGCAAAAGUGAUAAUUAAUCGUGGCCAAGCGGAUGCAGUUGCAAAGUCGGCCGAGUGGCGCAACUAUGAUAGAAUUUGUUUACAUUGAUAAGCGUUGUUUUUCUAAAAGAUUUUUGAUGCAUUUGCCGCUUCUAUUACCGAUUGUGUAGUGGUUGAUUUUUUGGUGUACGUGCAGAAAACAGAAACAGACAUCCCAGCAGUAAAAUACAAGAAGAAGAGAGAACACUGGUAGAAGGAGGAGGAGGAGCGACGGCGACGUUCCCGUUGUUUUUGUUUGGCUGCGUGACACAAAGAGAACCACAGAGAGAAGGGGCGCCGAGAAAGAGAGGCAGAAUCGGAACACGCGCUCGCAAAAGGGCGGGAAGGCUAGGUGACAGGCUGGACCGCGGUAUUCCUCCGACCCACGACCCCAACGAUUAACACGGAAAUGUCGAGGGGGACCGAGCACAAACGCGUCUCCCUCACAUCUGUCAUCCAGAGCGAGGCGGUGUUUUCGCGGUUCGGCAGCAACUUCCUGGAACCGGAGGUACCCGCGGCGAUCGGCAACAGCGGUAACAAGCCGGUCAAGACCGCGAAAAGCAUUCGCAUCAAGCUAGAACUAUUUGAAAGUGAUUCAAACAAAUAUCCUGAGUUUAAUUACUCUCGGCUUUUGUACUUGGAGAAGAAAAAAGCGAAGAAACUGAAGCAGGUGAACACGUGUAUUGGACCUGGCACCGAUCCCUUUGCCGACAACGACGACGAUGUGGCACGAAUCGUCAAAGAGCUGGAGGCCAAGUAUGGCAAUUCCUACGCCACCGGAAGGGGCAAGAGCAAAAAGGACGAAUACCGGGACAUUGGAAUGGGAUACGACGAGUCAGACUCCUUCAUUGAUAACACGGAAGCUUACGACGAGGUCAUACCAGAGGAAACGGAGACCCAGGAGGGCGGUUUCUUUAUCAACAAGGGUAUUGUGACGCUGAAGAGUAAUAAGAAGUCCUAUACCACACGAACGGAUGCCAUCAUCAAAAUGCCGGAACGAUCACGCAAGCGAAUUGUUGCCUCUGAAAGCUCAUCCUCAUCAUCGUCCGACGAUGAUGAUGAAAACGACAACGAUGUCGAAGGCGAGGACGAGGGAGAGGAGGAGGAAAGUGAUUCUGAGGAGGAUGACGAAAGCGAUUCCGAGGAGGAUGAUUCCGAUAGUGAAAGCCUUGAUGACGGGGACUCCGCUGCCACUGUCAAGUACACCAGCAAGUACAAAGACAAACAUCCUGCCAAACGGCCAAAAGUCAUUGUCACUGGCAAGCCGAAGUCUAGCUCCAGUUCGAGUAUCGGCAGCAAGAAGCUACACAAAAAGCCGACGGUCACGUCCUCAUCCUCGAAUUCGCCAAGACCAAUUGUUAUUGAUAACUCGGAUACGGACGAGCGGCAUAGUCAAAUCCCGGGUCCGAUUCAGUCACAGGCCCAGGCCCAGGCUCAAGCACUUAAGAAGGUGGUGAAAACGACGACAGUGAAGGAUAUGCUAAAGGCCAAGCGAGAUAGCUUUCUUAAAUCGCAGAGCAGCCCGGCUGCAGUUAAGAGCGUCGUCAACGGCGAAUUGAAGUGCAUCUCAACGGACGUAGAAUCCUCUAGCGGCAGCAGCGACACAGACACGGGAACGGAGCAAGGAAGAGCCGACAAGCGGGAAACCAAACAGGACAAAGAGGGACCGGAAAAUCUCCGUUCCGCCGACACCCUGCUUCCGGCCACUCUGGAUACGGACACCUUGGGUGCGAUCAAUAGCUUCAAGGACGAAGUCAGAAGUCGAGACAUGUGCGGCAAGAAGUUCAGUUUGGAUGACAAACUCACCCCACUGCUGCUCAAGGUUUACGAGGCAGUACUAUGCACGGAUCGGAAUGAACGCAAUAUGGUGUUUUCCCACAUAGAGUAUCAGCUGCAGCUUCCUAAGUACUAUAUCCUGCGGAAGGGAAAGGCGGUCCGGGCCAAGGAGGAGAAGAAUAAGACCAGAAAAUCGCUCGAGAAGCUCCGCCAGGCUGUGGCCGUGAUCAUGCCCAAGGCGAUAGCGAACUACGAAGUGGAAUUGCGGAAUUUUGCAGAGCAUGUGGCGGCAGACGUAAACUCCGAGCUGCCACCGAAGAUGCCGCGCAAGAAGUUCCAGUGGACCAGCGAGCUGCGUCAACUGCUAUACGAUGUAUAUCAGGCGCGAUGGACCUCCUAUGCCGUGUUGGCUAAACGAAAGGACUCGCUGGAAGAGUUCAUCAACGGUUAUCUGAAGGUCAAGGUAGUUGAUAUCUGGCCAUCAGGCUGGAUGCGGUACGACGAGCUCCAGCGGGAGAUCACACGCCAAAAGAACGCCAGUAGAAAAUCCAAGGAAAAGACAAAGGCUUUAACGGCUGGGGCAUCGUCGAUUAGGCCAGCACCUGCUCUUGAGCAACAGCAACAGGCUAGCAACUACCCCAAGCCAGUAGAGGAGCCCCGAUCGCGUGGAAAUUCCGACACUGACUCUGCCACAAGUGCCUCUUCCAACAGCCUGAAGCGCAAGCUACAGGAUCAGGUCAAGGCAACGUGCAAGCCGCCCAAAAAGAAGAUGGCCAAGCAAGUUCCACAGCAAUCGCAACAGUUGUCGCCUCAACCACAAUUCCAGCUGACGCCGACUGCCACGGCGGCGGUCAGUGUGCCAGCCAUCAAUAACAACCACCUGCCGCCCCAUCUGGAUACGUUGCUCUCCAUGCCCAGCACUUCGGCCCAGGCAGCUGCCCUAAAUGCCGCUGCCGUUGCAUCUGCCAGUUCUGUUUUGGACCUGGCUUCGCCCAACCGGAAGGCUGCGAAAGUGGCCUCUCCUCAGAACAACUUCAUCAAGGUGAUCUCGCCAGCCACCCUAGCACCCAAUGGAACUUCUAGGCAAAGUCCCAUCGCUGGACAGACCAAAGUGAUCGUGGGAGUGCGGCCCUCUGCACAUGUGAUCAAUCUUGAUGACUACCAAUGCCCCAGCGAAAUCCUGCAAACGUCCAAGCAGCUGGCUGCCACCAGCGUCAUUACCUCCACAUCCAAAGCGGCCCAGACGACGCCAGUUAGCAGGGUUAGCAGGGACAGCAGUAGUGAGUCCGACGGCGUUGAGUUUGUGGGCGUUUAUCCGGCGUGGAAACCUACGCAAAAUGUUUCGCCCAAGGUCAAGGCGAAGACCCAAAGGAAGUCUUUGGGAGCCUCUGGUAAUAUCGGCUUCAGCAAUAAGAACAUGUAUGUCUACAACAAUAACAACAGAGGAGGGAACUUGAGCGGACCCAUGUUCGAUCUCUCCUCCGAGUCGCAAAUCAUAAAGGCCAUGUCGGAUCUAAAGGCGCUGGAAAAGACAAUGAAGUGGCCCACACAGUCCAUCUUCUCGCCAAGCAGCGUUAAGGGUGGCGGCGGCGGCGGUGCAAUGGGAUCCCCCGGCACUGGAUCCUCGUCGCGCCAAUGACAAUCGGCCCCGGCCGCACAGCAGCCAACACCGGCUGCCGUGACGGCUUUCUACAAUCAUGACCAGGCGAUGGCCGCUGCGCUAGUGCUCUCCUCCUUGAGUGUUGCGCCACGUUAUGACCUGCUGACCAACGGAGCUAUGUCCGGGCAAGGCGCCCACGUGGCCGCAUCUGCCAACACACUGCCACAAGUAUUUGUAAAGCCCAGCCUGCCGCAACCAACAGUCGCUGUUGAUAGCGCGGUAACCGCUCCUGGAGCCGCUCCCCCGCCCACACAUACACUGCCCACAAAGUUUAUAUAGUUUAGGUCACUCAGCCCGCUACCGGGUGGACUAUAAUCUAAGGUUCUAGGGCAUACACGUAGGUUUCAUAAGUCGUCAGUCACUCAGUCAGUCAAUCGUGUUCUAUGCGCAGGGCCGUCUCUGCUUUCCAAUCAUUUAUAAAAGUUCAUUACUGUUUUUUUAUCAUUAUGUCGUUUAAUUCUUAAGUUCAUGUGGUUUGCA